AUGCAGUCAUUUUGGGCCAACGCGAAGGACGUGGCCCGCACGGUGUCUGGUCAGCUCGACCAGACAUUUGAGGCGGCGCUAACAGGCAGCAGCAGCAGCAGCAGCAGCAGCAGCAGCAGCAGCAGCAGCAGCAGCCAGCAGCAGGAGCUGCAGCAGCAGCAGCAGACAAGCUGCCGCAACAUAUCCAACGCGCAGCAGCAGCAGCAGCAGCAGCAGCAACAGCAGCAACAACAAUAG